GAAAGAUUCAGUACUUGUUAAUCAGUUGAAAGGAUAAACUUGCUGUGUUGGAUCGAGUUGGGAAAGGUUUUAUAUUUCUCACGAAUGGAAAAAGACCCAAACCUGAAAAUGGAAUAUAAACUGGAGUUAAUGGUGCUUCUUGUUUUGCUCACAACCGCCUCAUCCAUUGCACCAAGCAGAGAAGAAUUUACAGAAGCAGUGACGUAUUUGAGGAAGUACGGCUAUCUGCACGUUCCACUGGACAGCAAAGGCCAAAACUAUCAACCUGAGGAAAUAGUGGAAGCUCUAAGAAUCUUUCAGAGAGCAACUAAUCUGAAGAUAUCAGGAAAACUAGAUGCAGCAACACUGGAAAUGAUGAGCAAACCUCGGUGUGGUCUAGAAGACCUUUUCAAUAACAAAUCUCUCAAAUAUCGAGUCAUGAGUUACUGGCGUAAGAAGAUGCUGACUUACCGCAUCUAUAAUUACACUCCUGACUUGGGUCUGGCAAAGACCCGUUUGGCCAUCCAGAGUGCUUUUAAGUACUGGAGUGAUGUGUCACCCUUAAGGUUCAAGGAGCUGCACCGAGGACAAGCAGACAUCAAAAUCUCCUUUCACAGAAAAGAUAAGACCUGUCCUGUGCCCUUUGAUGGGCAAGGCCGUGUUUUAGCCCACGCUGAUGCGCCUGAGUCAGGCAUUGUGCAUUUUGAUGAAGAUGAACUGUGGACAGAAGGGAAGACCUACGGCUCCAACCUGAGGAUUGUGGCAGCACAUGAGAUCGGUCACGCUCUCGGCCUGGGCCACUCACAAGUCUACAACGCACUCAUGGGACCCGUAUACAACGGAUACAACUCCAACUUCAAGCUACAUCCAGAUGACAUACGAGGGAUCCAGGCUUUAUACGGAAAGCCAGAGAAGACUCCUCCAUCCAGAAAUCCAAGCCAGUCAGUGUCAAGUGGAGUUAUUCCAGAUCCUUGUAAAGCCACUCUGGAUGCAGUCAUGUUGGGUCCUUUAAGUAAGACGUAUGUCUUCAGUGGUCAGUAUGUGUGGACGGUGUCCAGGUCCGGCUACAACACUCCCAUCCUGAUCUCUGCACUGUGGAAGGAGCUGCCAGGGAGCCUCGAUGCAGCUGUUCACUCUCAGCGGACCAGAAAGUCUUAUUUUCUGAAAGAUGAUAAAUUAUGGAGAUACACAGGAUUCAAACUUGACCACGGCUUCCCCAAACGCUUGACCAAUAUCCCCGCUAAUAUCGACUCAGCUUUGUACUUCAGUAAGAACAAAAAACUGAUCUUUUUCAAAGGCUCUGGAUACUGGCAGUGGGAUGAAAUUGGACCAACAGACUUCAGUUCGUAUCCCAAACCUGUUGAGCAACUCUUCCACGGGGUACCUAGCAAUACUGAUGCUGCGUUAAUGUGGACAAAUGGUCAUAUAUACAUCUUCAAAGGCACCCAGUACUGGAGAGUAAACCAGUACCACCAAGCAGUGGAGAAGGCUUUUCCCCUGGACAUCGCCACACACUGGAUGCAGUGUGACGACUAAGCCACCAGAGGCCACCAGGGAUUCAACACAAACCUUGUGUUGCUUAGUGAUUCAGUGUAGUAACAGAGAGAGAUGCUUAUUUAUUAGGAUCCUGAUUAAUGAUUAGAAAACGUUCACACACCAGAUCAUUAUUAUUCUCUUUGGACAAAGUCUGCAUGAAGACAGCAAC